AGCGCGGCGCUGGGCGGACCGCGGGGAAGAUGGCGGCCGCCGUGGCGGGCCCACGUGGGCGCGGGGCCGCGGACACGGACACGGACAGUGGUUCUGAGUUAAGCUCAGAACUUCCAGAAGACAGCUACUCUUCGGGAGGUGAAGCCCUGGAUGGUGAUGAUGAAGAUGAAGCAGCAGCCCCUGGCAACGUGGCUGAAGAGGCAGCAAGCUCCAAAGAUGGCCCAAGUUCAGGAUGGGCAGAUGCCAUGGCAAAAGUGCUCAACAAAAAGAUUCCACAGAAUAAGUCUACCAUCUUGGCCAAGAAUAAAAGCCUGGAGAAGGAGAGAGAGAGAAAAAAACAAGAGAAGCAAGAAAAGAAGAUGAGGCUCGAUAAAAAGCGGGAAUGGGAAAUGAUGUGCCGAGUGAAGCCAGAUGUUGUCAAAGACCGAGAGAAGGAAAGAAAUCUUCAGAGAAUUGCCACAAGAGGCGUUGUACAAUUAUUCAAUGCUGUCAGGACGCACCAGAAGAAUAUGGAAGAGCAGAUGAAGCAAGUUGGGGGCUCUGAGAGGAAGCGUGCUAAACUGAUGUCUUCUGUUUCAAAAAGAGAUUUCAUUGAUGUUUUAAGGAAUGUGGAUGGGGCUAAAGGGGGCAAGAAUCUUGCUGGAAAGCCCACAAAAAGUAAACAGGGUGAAGUGAAGUCUGAAGAGGGGCCAGAAUGGAACAUACUGCGUGAUGACUUCAUGAUGGGAGCAUCUAUGAAGGACUGGGACAAGGAGAGUGAUGGAGAGGGCAACAAUGAAGAAGGAGCUGGUGUGAAACAAGAAGAUGACAGUGACUGAAUGAAACUGAAAACCAUUCAAGAUAAUGUUUUAUCUUCUUAAGUUUCCUUGGAUAAAAAGUCAGCAUUCUGUGAAUGUACAACACUUGGAGGAUAACUCUUUUAAAAGAAAAAAAAAAAAAGACUUACACAACCUUGGAGUGUUUUCUCCUCCAUGUCAGACUUUUAUUUAAUAUAGCUCCAUUUGCUAUACUGAAAUCCUGAAAUAUUUUCCAAAACAAGUAUAAUUUUCAACAUAUUUCCAAAACAUUUUGUACAGUCAAAAUAGUGGCACUUGCCCAAUGAAAGAUAGAUUUUGCCAAGGUCAUUAAAAGUUUAUACAUUAGUCAUGGCAAUUGAUGUAUUAGUGUGCCUGCAUUUCCAAAUCACUGCUGCACUUUGAAAAGUUGUUGCAAUUUGCAAUAGAAAUGGCUUACAAUAAACACAGAAAUGCCAUCACCUUGUAAAGUUAUCAGACUCCUAUAGAGUCUUUACUGCUUUGGCCAGAAAAGGUUCUGUAGAUAAUAAAGGAAAGUAACCAUUAAUGUGAUAGUUCUGGUCUUGGAGCACUAGUUUGAUUGGAGACAACUCUGGAAACAGAAUUGUAAAGAGAAAGACUUGACCCUACUGAGAGGGUUUAGUAUUUAUAUAUGUGUAUAUGUAAUAUGUUUUUUCCAUGACAAGUCUGAGAUUGUAUAAGCUAAGGGUCUGGUAGGAGAGGAAAGGACAGUCAUUGCCAUUGGUUUCAUUGGAAAGGGAGAGCUUUUCUAGCAAUACCACAGAAAAUUGUGUUCAGUGCUGCUUCAUUUGCAGUUGUGGUGUUCUGGCCUUUUUCAGUGGGGAGCUGCAGCCCCAAGAUUCAUCCCCUGGGUUUAGUCAGCUCUAAUGCUAAUUCCUCAGGUCUGCAGAGCCUUUCCUCUUAGGUGUGAGCCAUGACAAUAACAAAUUUGGAAGUCAUCUCUCAGGGUAACACAAUUGCCUUUGUUUAAGCUACAGCAGUUUCUCCUCCGUAGUUGCUGGUUGCAGAGGUGCAGAAGUAACACACAUAAUAUAUUUUAUGUAAGCACAUGCAUACAGAAGGAAUUGUGUGGUGAUAAGGGUGUUCAAAAUGAGAGGCUGGGGUUGAAUUUUGCUGCCUUUACUGUUCCAGACUGACUGACUGAUGCUGUGUCAUUUGUUUAACUUAGCUAUCACAUUUCCCCAUUUGCUAUGUGAAGAAAAAGCCUUGGGGCCUAUUAAUUGAUAGUUAAAAUACAUGGUACUGUUCUGUCCAUUUCUACAGAUGCCUUACAGACAAACCUUUCUUUGUACCUGCUUACAGGCAAGAUAUGAUUAGGAACAACUUUGAAAUUUUCAGUCUUCAGCAUGGAAACCUACAGUAGGAUUUAGAUUUUUCUAACAAAGGCAUUGUUUGAACUUUGUGUGUACUGCAGGAUUAAAAAUCUGGGUACAAAAUGGCAGAGAAGCCCAUCCCAACAACUGGCAAUCAUUGUCUUAUCCCUAGCCUACUCAUCUGGUAUAUAUUGUAGCAUAAUUCUUCCAGGAGAACUCAAAGCUAACAGCAGAACUGUUUAGAUUUUCAAGCUGUUUUGAGUGUUAAACAUAUUAGAUAUCUGAGGAGACAUUAGUUUGUGGCCUGAUAUUUAUUAUCACAAAUGAAGGCAUACACCCAAAAUACCAAGUGGCAAAACCACAGAAGUUUGGCAUAUGGUUGUCCUGGCUUCUGAAGGCUCAGCAUCUGUACAGCUGUGCAGUGAGAGUCACCAUCUCAUCAGUGCAGUGCAAGAACGUGCUGCAGUGGGGUUUGAAGCAUGCAGAAGCUUCUUGAAGCAGCAUAACAUUCUAACCUGACACUGCUUUCUCUCUACAGCUGCUUUCUGUGGAAAAAUUACAUCAGCACCCUUAAAUCUACAGUUGUUCUCGAGUUUCAUAUCAGCAGGCUUCUUUCCAUAAUCAAACUUCUGGAAAAUAUCUAAGUUUUCCUUAGGAACUGUGACAUCCUGAGGUGAUUAUUAAAAACUUCAGAAUGCUUUCCAAAUUAGAAUUCUUGGGUGUUUAUUUGUGCAUUUUUGGAGUAAUGUUUUGAGUAAAGCACUGAAGUGUCUCUUGUGUGUUUAAAAAAAAUGUAGAAUCUAUCAAUAUUGCUAAGGGUAUUUUGAGCUUCCAUUUAAUUUAGAGUGCAUAGCCUAUAUGUGGAGAGCAUUUCUUGCCUUUCUAGAAGCAUAUAAUUACAUUUUUAUGUAUAUUGAGUAGUUAUUUAUAUGUUAUACUGUACCUUGUCUUUGCCUUGUCCUUUUUUUGUGCCAUAUUCCGAGAAGCUCCAAGAAUUGCUAAAAUUGCUAAUUACA